AUGGCGAUGAAAGACAUUAGAAAAUUCGUUAAAAGAGAGAUCGAGGAUUUGAAGUCUCCAGAUUUAUGGCGAGCGACAUGUGCCGAAUGGCUAGGGCUUGCAUUAGUAACUCUUUUUGCGGCAGGGACAGGAUUGCAUCACGAGGGGAUCCCAUCUUCUGCACCCUCGAGUGUAAAUAUUGCUCUGGAAGCUGGUUUUAUGAUCGGUUGCCUGGUAACUGUGUUCGGAACUGUUAGCGGCGGUCAUGUCAACCCCAGUAUUACUAUAGGAUUUGCCGUUACGAGAGAAAUAACAUUUGCCAGAUCAUUGUUAUACAUUUUGGCUCAAAGUUUCGGUGGUAUCUGUGGUGCGGGACUAUUGUAUCUGCUGACACCGAUAGGCAUGCAAAAGGGUUCGUUCGGUCUGAUUCUUCCGGGGAAGGAUGUAACGGAUGUACAAGCUUUGUUCGCCGAGGCUUUAAUUGGUUUCUUCUUACUCUUCGGAACGUUUGCCGUUAUUGACAAAGGCCGGAAUGACCUUCAAGGGUCAGUUCCGUUGAUGAUCGGACUCAUGGUUUCCAUCAACGUAUUUUUUGCGUUCAAUAUAUCCGGUGGGUGUAUGAAUCCAGCUCGGAACCUUGGGCCAGCCGUCAUCACUGGCAGACUGGACAAAAUAUGGCUGUAUUGGGUUGGACCUCUGGUCGGAGGAGCAAUAGGCGCUCUGUUGUAUGACAAGAUCUUCUCCACAAAAGCGUGUGGAUUGUGCAUAGGAAACUGCUUCCCCACAAUUCCUGGGGACGAGGAAAAUCUAGAAAAUGGAAGAAAGGAAAUAAUGUCUGAAAUAAAAGAACCUCCUGUCAAAGAACAUGACGACAAAGGAUUAUCAGCUAAAAUAGAAUCAAUCCGACUUUAA